AUGGCAACUCAUCAGCCCAAGAGGCCCAGCAAGCCUCGUCUUUCCCUCAAGAUCCAGACGACAUCAGCCUCAUCUGGUCCGGAAACAGCAGCACCGGCAGCAACAGUAUCAGGUCAGCAGCGGGCUACUCACAACGUCGACCCGGGGGACAUCACCACCUUCAACACCCUUUCCAACGCCUACGCAACGGCCAUACAGAGAUCAACUCCUCUCACGGCCAUCAACACCCUGGAACGUCUCAACCUGGCCACUCCCUCCUCAUACCGCGACCCCAGGGACAGGAUCAUGACGCCCUACCUGACCACCAGUUACCCGGAGACACCUCUAUCCGCCGACCACGGGAGCGGCAAUGCUACCUCAUCAUCGUCAUCGCCCCCCUCAUCGCGGCGGCGGCGGCAGCCUGCUCUCACCUUGCCCAGCAUCAUGACCACUGCGGCGACGACGACGACGACGACGACGACGACACCGCCGCCACUGUCUGGGACCCUGGAAGACAACCGCACCAGGGCCUUCAACUACCCUUCAUCAUCUCUUCUGCACUGCCAGGAUGCAGCAGCGUCGGCUGCAGACUCUACCGUACCUUUUGCUGCCCCGCCACCACCAUAUACACAACCCCGUGUGCUCCGGAGCAUCCUCCGCAACUCACCCCUCCCACCGCGCACGGCCAUUCUCCCUCCCUCCCCGCGGCGACAGUCCCUGCGUCUCCGCGAGAGGGCCGCACGGCGCGUGGCCUACAACAGCCCGCUGGAGCAGGAAAUUGUCACGAGCAUCUACACAGAGCCAUGUAUAGACCUGAUGUACUCCCCCGGGACACCACCGUCUUCCUCCAGCGGCUCUGCAUCGUCGCCCUCGCCCUUCGGCAACAAUAACGGCACUGCCGUCUCGGCAACAGCGGACCAGGUUCUCGACCAUGUCCUCGCCCCGACGACGCGUGACGGUGGUCAGACCCCCGGUCCCUUUGAGGAGACGAGACGCCGCAUGACCAGGUCGGCUACCACGACAUCGUCGUCGCCGCCGCCGUCGUCGUCCCCUUCUGGCGUGAGAAAGAGACGUAGCACGGGGAGGAAGGAUCGUCGUUGGGUGUGGACUACACACAUCGAAGAGGACGAGGAGGAAGACGACGACGAGGUUGGCGGAGCUGUCGCCGCACUGCGUGCCGCCAGGGCUAGGGAGGAGGCUGCCAAGGCUGCUGCCGAAAAAGCCGAGGCCGAAGCUUCUUCCAAGGUCGCAGAGGAAGUAGCGGCAGCAGCGACGGCGACGGUGACACCCGAAGUCGUGGAUAUAGACGUCGAGGCUACACCCACACCCAGCGCAGAGAGCUGUUGCUCGUGGAGCGAGGACAAGGAUGUCGACAUGACGGACGCCAGCAGCAUCGCGUCCGAGGUCGUUGUCGAGGAACCCGCCGUCGUCGAAUCAGAUGUCAAGACACCGACUGUGCCGUCUGUCCCGAAAAAGAGGGACACGCCUAUCCCCGAGCUGGCCACUGAUAGUCAGAGGGCUACGCCGGUACCGCCGCUUCUAACCCAGUAA